CGCGGGAAAAUAUAGUGUAACAAAUGACCGUCCGCCUUCACUUCCUGAGCUCCUUCCUUUUCCCCGCCUUAUGAUGUCAGUUGUUACCGUAGUGUCGUCUGUAUUGCUGUGGGAAAAUAGCCACGACCAUGUUUGCAGGAUUGACUGAGCUCGGUAUUGCUAACGGUGAGGACUUGAAAGAAACUCUAACUAACUGCACUGAGCCACUGAAAGCUAUUGAAUUGUUUCAGACUGAAAAUGGAAUCUUGUUGCCAUCUUUGCAGUCUGCUUUACCAUUCUUGGAUUUGCAUGGUACCCCUCGGUUGGAGUUUCACCAAUCUGUGUUUGAUGAACUGCGGGAAAAACUGUUGGAAAGAAUUUCUGCAAUUGCCAGUGAGGGAAAAGAUGAAGACAGGUACACUAAGCUAGAAGAACUUUUGGAAAAAAGCUUUCCACUGGUGAAAAUGCCUUCUCUGCAGCCUGUAGUGAUGUGUGUUAUGAAACAUUUACCCAAGGUCCCAGAGAAGAAGCUAAAGCUGGUGACAGCAGAUAAGGAGCUGUAUCGAGCCUGUGCUGUAGAGGUGAAAAGACAGAUCUGGCAAGACAAUCAAGCUCUGUUUGGUGAUGAAGUGUCACCACUUUUGAAGCAGUACAUCCUGGAGAAGGAGAAUGCCUUAUUCAGUAAUGACAUUUCUGUUUUGCACAACUUUUUUAGUCCUUCCCCCAAGGCGCGGCGGCAGGGUGAGGUAUGUCAAACAUCCCUCCAUGACUUGGAUAUAACUGAGAUAUGUUCUGUUGAUCCUUGUCACAAGUUCACAUGGUGUCUUGAUGCCUGUAUUCGGGAGAAGUUUGUCGACAAUAAGCGAGCCCGGGAAUUGCAAGGCUUCCUCGAUAGCAUAAAGAAAGGACAAGAGCAAGUUCUGGGAGAUCUGUCCAUGAUUCUGUGUGAUCCAUUCACCAUUAACACCCUCGCUCUAAGUACCAUGAGGAAUUUGCAAGAACUGGUUAAUCAGGACGCACUUCCCCGAGACAGUUCUGACCUCCUCCUAUUGCUAAGGAUGUUGUCCUUGGGGCAGGGGGCUUGGGAUAUGAUCGACAGUCAAAUUUUCAGAGAGCCAAAGCUGGAAGUGGAAGUGGUGACCAAGUUCCUGCCGCUUAUCAUGUCAUUCAUUGUAGAUGACUACACCUUCAACGUGGACCAGAAACUGCCAUCCGAGGAGAGAGCACCAGUUACCUACCCAGUAACAGUUCCUGAAAUGCUCAGCAAAUGGUUUCUGGAUAAUUGUAUAGCAUGUUACCUUUUGUUAUAUUCACCACUGCAUAUAAGGAAACUACAAUGAAUGCUAACACUUCAACAGCUGCUUCCUGUGCUAGUUGAAACUUACAAUGAUAUGGCUUUUAGCGACAUCUUCCUUCACCUUCUAACUGGAAACCUUACUUUGCUGUCAGAGGAGCUGGGAUCAGAAGAGUUUUGUAAUAUCCUUUUUGAUGGCUUUUUACUGACGUCCUUCUCAAGCAAGGACAAUGUACAUAGGCAUACGCUGCGACUACUGGUACACCUUCAUCACAAAGUGGUACCUUCUAAACUGGAGUUCCUGAAGAAGGUACUGGAGCCUACCAAACAGAGCAGUGAUGCUGUCAAGGAGUUGUACAACCAGCUGUGUGAAAAAGUGGACCAGCAAAAGCCAAGCCCAGUGACAGAAGCCCCAUCAUUGGAUUUGCCACUACAUGCUGUACCCACUCCUGUAACUCUCUGACUGUUGCCAGUUUCCACAUACCACAUCAGCUGUCCAGAUGUGCGCGAGAUAUUAGACUGCAGCAGUGCACCUUUUAAAUCAAGCCCCACUGUACUUUCUUCUUAAACAGGACUUAUUUUUAAAUAAAAAGACUGAAAUAA